AUGGAUAAUGUAGUAGUGACAGUAGUCAAGGAUGUCGAGAAAAGUUGUUCAUCAACUAGUGUAGUGGUUGAUGAUUGUGCUGAGAUGAUAGAUGAGAAUGACUAUCUAGAUGAAUGGGGUUCAUAUUUGUCACAUGCUGGGCAGAAGUUUGAGAGCAUUGCAGACUUCAGAGAUAAACUGAGGAAGUUUGCUGUUCAAAGUGGUUUCAUUAUGUGCUAUCUAGGAAUGAUUCAAUUUACAUUAAUGCUGUUUGUGCAAAUCGUGAUGUUGACCACUGUGGCUGGGAAGUACUUGGAUCUGUUGCUUCUAUUAAUCAGUGCUUUUACAUUACGCGGUUUAAUAAUGUUCAUACAUGCAGAGCCCCGUGAGAUCAUGAGCAAUUUCAAGUCCACUUAUGGUUAUGAAAUUAGUUAUAAGGUUGCUUCAAGAGCAAAAAAAAGGGAAGCUGUGUUGGAGACUAAUCCGAUUUCUUCAGUUGUUUUUGAAGUUGAUGAGAGUACCGAGAGGUUUAAAAGGGUUUUUGUAGCUUAUGCCGGCCAAAUUCAGGGUUUCAAGUUCAGCCUACCUGUUUUAUAUGUUGAUGGUGCCUUUGGAAAGAGCAAAUACAAGGGGCAGAUUCUUGCUGCAACUGGAAGAAAUGGAAACAAAGGUUUCUUCCCUUUAGCCUUGUGUUUUUGUGAUUCAGAGACUGAAGAAAACUGGUUGUUUUUCUUCAAGCACUUGAAGGCUUUGUUGGAACCGCAAGGAAGGAUUAUCACAUUCAUUAGUGAUCGUGGUGUUGAUUUGUUGAAGGCAUUUGAUCUCAUUUUUCCUGGUAAUCCUCAUCUUUACUGUUAUCAUUAUUUAUGAUACAACCUUAGUCGAAAGUAUAAGAACAAAGGAGGGGAAAUUGUUGUUGCUGAUGUGUUACAAAAAUUCUUUAAAGUGGCUUAUGCAUCGACUGAGAAGUCUUUCUACUUUCAUUUAAA